UACAGCCAUGGCUAUUACUCUGGGGUUGCUCUUCUUCUUGGCCCUUGGCACCGGAUCACUUGCCCAAUGGCCGCUGGCACAACAACCAGCUGGAGGAGAAUUCCUGCAGCCUUACCCCGUGGCUCCUCCGCCGCCGCCUCCAACCCUCGCCCGGGAUCUGGAUGAGAUUACACGUCUGAUUCAGUUCAAGCCUCUGAAUCAGCUGCUGGCGCGGUACCUGAUCAACGAUGCUCAGUUCCAAGCCUUCGUGCGGAUUAUCAACAGCAACGCUGGCUUCACGGCCCGCUGGCGUCUGCUCUCGCAGCCCGAGCUCAUCCUAUUCCUACAGUGGGUCGACCAGCAGCUGGUGGCAUCAGGCGGCGCCUUUGAGAUGGAGGAGCAGGAGCUAGCCGUCACUUUGUUCAACCGCUUCCCCUACUGGUCUGGCACCGUUUUCGGCUGGCAGGGAUUUCUGAACGAGGCGCAGCUCUACUUUCCACAAUAUGCGAUUCGAGCCCACAUCGACGCCAAACUGUUGCAACCGGGCAUCUUUUCCCAGUUCUGGUCAAGACUCCAGGCUCUGCGAGUGGUCUACGAACGCUGGUUGGCUUUGCCGGGUACUGUGCAGGUUGUGGCGGACCUGACGCAGGCGGGCAUCGACACGGCUCAGUUGGAUGGAAUUAUACGCGAGCUCUUCGGAUGGAAUGUUGCUGUCAAUCCAACAACCACUGCAGCAACUGCUGCACCAACCUCGACGCCAGCACCUCCCACAACGAUUCCAGCUGCUGUGAUCCCUCCGGGAAACGGAUCUCCAGUGGGAGCACUCCCAGUUGUCUAGAGUGGUCAAUAUAUCUAUCGUAUAUUUGUAUGAUCUUUGCACUAGCAACAUUCGGCCGAGGCCUUUAACAAUGAAUGGGAACUAA